AUGAAACGCAAGUUCUCUCGCUUCUGCAAGGACGUGAAAGCCAUUGCCGCCUUCGUCUCUUCGCGUACUCGCAAUUCGGCUUCGAGAAGCACCACCAUCUCUCCUUUGCUUCCGAAUGCGUCGGCUUCGUUUGUUCCUCCUUUACCGGCUUCACUCAAAAACGGUCAUCAUAUUACUUCUCUUGCUCCUCCUACUUCACUUCCUAGUUCACUGCGAACUCGAACCAAUUGGGUUUACGAAACCGCUCUUCCCAAUCACCACCACCUCACCACCACCCUCUCCUGGUACACAACACCCACCGGUCUCCACGAACUUCUUGUUAGUCUUCACAUCAUUGGCGGCGAUGACCCAUGUACUCUCUUCAAGUACAAAGUCUGCAUAAACCCCAGCGUCUCUGAGCGGAACAGAGGCCGGGAACUCACAAAGUACGAGAGCGCUGAAAUAGCAGUCGUCUGGGAUUUCUCCCAAGUUAAGUACGACACGGGACUGGACCCCGUCGAGGGGUUCUCUCUUCUGGUCCUUGUGGACUCACAAGUAGCUUUUCUUCUCGGGGAUGUCCCGAAACAGUGUACCACGGUGUUGCAAGCGCUCGAUUUCUUUCUUGUUUCGCGAGCAGAGUGUACAUUGGCCUACAAAGGCGAAAGGCUCCAUGGCAUCGAGGCUCGGCUCACCAGAAAUGGGCCAUUCGACGAUGUUCUGAUACAAUGCAGUGGAGUGGAGACGGAGGGUCUGGAGGAGAAUCCAGCGCUGUCUGUUCAUAUAGGGAAGCAGCCUGCAUUGAAGGUGAGGAAGUUGCAUUGGAACUUCAGGGAAUGCAAACGAAGAUUUUGGCGGAUGGCUUGA